AUGACGUCGACCGCUCCCCCCCAAGCCUCGUUCGCGACCGACCUCCUCGCGGGGGGGCUCGCGGGGGCCAUUUCCCAGACCGUCGUCGCGCCCAUUGAGCGCGUCAAGCUCCUCCUCCAGGUCCAAGCCACAUCGACGCAGAUCACGACACCGUACACGGGCAUCCUGGACUGCCUAACGCGGCUCACCAAGGAGCAGGGCGUCGCGUCGCUCUGGCGCGGCAACGGCGCCAACGUCAUCCGGUACUUCCCGACCCAAGCCUUCAACUUUGCACUCAAGGACAAGUACAAGGAUUUCUUCCUUCGUGGCGUCCAGAAGGACCAGUUCUGGCCCUUCUUCGUCGGCAACCUCGCGGCCGGCGGCGCAGCGGGGGCGACGACCCUCGCCUUUGUGUACCCGCUCGACUUUGCCCGGACGCGCCUUGGCGCCGAUGUUGGCGUCGGCAAGUCGCGCCUCUACACGGGCCUCGUCGACUGCCUCUCGAAAAUCUACAAGUCGGACGGCGCCAAGGGCUUGUACCGCGGCUUCAGCGUCUCGGUUGGCGGCAUCGUCGUCUACCGCGCGGCCUUCUUUGGCGGCUACGACACGUGUCGCGACGUGGUCGUGGGGCCGACGGCGCCGCUGUGGCAAAAGUGGAUCGCCGCGCAAGUCGUUAGCACCGGCGCGGGCUUUGUGGCGUACCCGUUCGACACGGUGCGCCGGCGCAUGAUGAUGCAGGCGGGCCGCACCGACGUUUUGUACACGUCGACGCUCCACUGCUGGGGCAAGAUGCUCCAGGACGAAGGCGCGAGCGCGUUCUUUAAAGGCGCGGGCUCCAACGUCCUUCGAGGCACCGGGAGCGCGCUGCUUCUCGUGCUCUACGACGAGCUCAAGGUCCUCUUUGGCUUGUAACGCGGCGGCAAGA